CCGAAAGAAACACUAAGCCCGUUUCGCUCAAGGUGGACCUCUCCAGCCGACCCUUUGUUCGUGUCUCGCUCCCAUCGUCUCGUCGCCCUUUGAGUACGGAAUCGGGUCAGCCUUCCCAUCUUCAAUCUCUCCUUCGUGCAUCCCAAAACCCUCCAUCUUUUGGAUCACGACAACAUCACGCGUCUUAUCGUUGAGGCAUACGCCCUCGCCAUCGGAAUAGUUCGUUCUUCCCUUUCUUUCUGCAUUAUCUUUACUCAUCCGCAACCUAUUGUCCAUCCAUCACCUCAAUUCAAUCCCCAUUAUUCCUGUCUACCCUCUCCCAGACCAUCCAUUCUUACUCCCGCCCAACUGCCUGUUCAACCAUCCUCGUUUGUCAAUCAUUCUCAGCAGGCCUCAUUUUGGCAUACCGUCUUUCUUCUUCUUCCGUUUGCACCGUCAUCGUUAGAUUGACGAGUCGGUUUUCAACUCAUCUUUGCCCUCUGGCAGCUGCACCACUUUUUACUGCUACUUCCGUCCCGAAUUCUCAAUUCUUUCUCUAUCUCUUCUUUCGUUUCCCUCAGAAGCCGUCCCGUAUCCCGCCUGCAGAAUGAUUUCUCUAACCGCAAUCAUGUUGCCAAUCAACAGGCUUCCUCCUUCUUCCUUCCUUCGAUCGAGCAAGCGAAACGAAAUCAUAUGAGCAGCAACCACGCAGCUACCCGACGCCGACGCGAUACUUAAUCUGGCUGAAGAGGUCAAUUGAACUCAACAAAGACGCCGUUCACCGUCCCACCCACUAGACUCAGCGUGACAUAUCCACGAUGGACUCCUACUCUUCACACCGAGACUCCGCGCGCUCGCCGGGCGACAGGACGUGGAGCAGUCGCGACGACACGCGAGUCAAGGAAGAGCGAGCUGACACAUUCUACCGUGGUAGAUCGCCUGGCCAUGAACGUCAGCACCGUGACAGACGGCGUUCACGAUCCCCAACUGCUAUCGAUCGAUAUGAGCCAAGGGGUCGCGGUCGCGACGACUACGCUGGUGGCAGAGAUCGCGAUGAUCGCCGGGAGAGGAGAAUCCAGUCACCGCCAGCCAACAUUGAUCGCUACGUCCCUGGACAGGACAGCAGCGCCUCUGCGCCGAUGACCGUCAACCCCCUUGCGGAUCCCGUCAAGCUCCCAUACCAAGUCGGCUUCUCAUACUUUGGCGAAUGGUGGAGGAUGAAUGAAAAGAUCAAGGAGGAGAAGGAACGCCAACGCACUGGUCGUCGCCGUGAACCAGAACGUGCCCGAGGCACACGUGAAGCCCAAGAAGAGCGCGAAAAGGAGAAGGCCAAGAUUCAGGUCGCGUAUGACGCCUACAAGGAAGAACUUCAAGCAAAGAUGGCUCGCACUUUCGUUGGCGAGCACAAGAAGGAGCAGUGGUUCCGCGAGCGAUACGUCCCUGAAAUUCGUGACGGUUUCAGAGCCCAGCUUAAUGAAUUCCGCCGUGGCGCUUACAGCCAAUGGGAGCAAGAUCUCGAGUCCGGAACCUUUGACGAGUUCUCCCUGGAGGGAAUUCCCAAGAGCGAGACUAAUGGCCUUGGAGGCCUCGUAGAGAAGGAGGAAGGUGAAGCAACCGCCGCCAACGAGAUCCUGGGCGUGGGAGACCUUGUGCCAGCCAAUGGCGGUGACAUCAGAGACGAGAACCUGUACCAGCCCACCCUUCUCAUCAAGACCAUUGCGCCCCAUGUCAGCAGACAAAACCUCGAGACUUUUUGCAAGGAGCAUCUCGGCGAAGAAGAGGGCGGCUUCAAGUGGCUUUCUCUGUCAGAUCCCAACCCCAGCAAGCGGUAUCAUCGUAUUGGUUGGGUUAUGCUUCACCCUUCAUCAGAAGUUGCCCCUGCAGUUGUUGACCGUGUCGACCCCAAGGAUGAGGAUGGCGAUAUGCCUUUGAAGUCGCCUGCAGUCGUAUCGACUGCUGAGAAGGCCCUCGACGCUGUCAACGGCAAGACUGUCAAGGACGAAGUCAGGGGCGAUUUCGUCUGCCACGUCGGUGUGCACAAUCCUCCCAGUCACCCUAGAAAGAAGGCUCUCUGGGAUCUCUUCUCUGCACCCGAGCGAGUUGAGAAGGACUUGGGCCUGGUUCAGCGACUCGUCAACAAGUUUGAGGAAGACUUCGGCUCUGACUUCAACGCCGUCUUGAAGAUUGAGGAACGUGUCGACGAUCUUAAGAACGGCGGCCGCCUUCAGCCCGCAGUCACUGCACCCAAGAAGAAAGCCAAGAAGGAGCGUGAUCUCGACGUCGAUGACGGCAUGGAAGACGGAGAGGAUGGUGCCAUUGAUGAUGACGAGGACGAGGGUGCUGUCGAGGAGGACGACGUUGACGACGAAGACCUCUUGGUCAAGAAGAAGCAGCUGGAUCUCAUGAUUGAGUAUCUCAGACGCGUCUAUAACUUCUGCUUCUUCUGUGUCUUUGAGAGCGAUUCAAUCCACGAGCUCACUCGCAAGUGCCCCGGUGGUCACCUGCGUCGCCCAAGGACCACCCUUAGCACUUCCGCCAAGGCCGUUGCGCGCGCUAGUGCCAAUGGGGAGCCAUUCCCUGGCAAGAAGCGCAGCGAGAUCGAGGAGGAAGGCGAAGCGACUGAGGACAAGAAGUUCCGCGGUACUACCGGCAAGGCAGAACAACAGCUGCUUCGUGCCUACAACUGGGUCAAGACCUUCGAGGACAAGAUUAUGCAAAUUCUUGAACCCGAAACGGCAGACCUGCGCAAGCUUGGAGGCCGCCCCGUUGAGGAUGCCGUCAGUGACGAGCUGCUGAAAUACGUCAAGCAGGAGGACGAGCACAAAUGGAGAUGCAAGGUUCCCGAGUGUGCCAAGUUGUUCAAGGAAGAGCAUUUCUGGCGCAAGCACGUCGAGAAGCGCCACAACGAAUGGCUCGAGACCAUUGAGCAAGAGUUCCACCUUAUCAAUGCCUAUGUCAUGGACCCAUCUCACAUUGCUCCAUCAAGGACUGAUGCUAAUUCCAACGGUCACUUCCCUCCGGCUAAUGGCUCUUCUGCAACUGGAACCCCUCGUGGAUUCAACCUGCAGAACUUCACUAUGAAUGGCAUGAUGCCCAUCCCUGGAUUCCCCAUGCCACCCGGCGGGUUCCCGCCGUUCGUCGGUGGCGGACAUCCCAGUAUGCAGUCCGGCUGGAACGCUGGCGGCGAUGACCGCGGAGGCUCUGGCCCCAUUCGCCGCGGAGGUAUGAGUGGUAGCCGUGGAAACUACCGAAGCGGUCCCUAUGACCGACGCCCGAAUCCCCGUUGGGACGGUGGUAUGAGGGGAGGAGGCCGUGGUGGCGCUGGCAAGUGGGGAGACGGUGCUGCCGGCGGUGGAGCGGCUGUCGGCCCACGGGAGGCCACUCAGGGACGUAGUCUCAAGAGCUACGAGGAUCUCGACCAUGUCGCUGGCGGCGGCGGCGGAGAGCUGAAUUAUUAGGACAAGAACUACUCCCAUCGCUUGGAACGUCGCAAAACAGUGGUCAAGGAGGGAUAGAACCAUUGGGUGUUUUUGAGAAAUUUUUGACUCGUGCGAAUCGUCACGGGCGCCGAGAAUGACGCUCUACCGGGGGCAUGCUUCUUACAACAUGGGCAUUGCAUAAUCAUCGGGCACAUCAAGUUGUACUUUGUAAAAUAACAAAAACUUCGGGGUUAGGUUGGGAUCGCGAAUGAAAACGGC